AUGCCUUGGAAGCUGUUGAGAAUGCUCUACAACCUGCUGUACCUGAAGGCGGGGGAGCCCCUGAAGUACCUGGUCCUCCUGAACCCGAAGUACCAGGCGGGGGACUACCUCGACAUGCAGUGGAGGGGGCUACCACCAACCACCAAGUUGGUGGAGCCAGCUCAUCGUCGCAGGGGGAACAUGCAUGGUGGCUGCAAGAACGACACCAUGGACUGGGGAAUGCUCCUCAAGCUGCGAUGUCGCCAACAGAAGACAUCGCCAGCGAAGAGAGCCCAGCGGAGCAUCGUCGGCGCCGUCUACAUGGGGCCUUCUAUGGACGCCACGGUCCUGUCUGAGCACCGAAUGUGA